AAACUUGUGAUCUGAUCUACUUUAUUUAAAAAAAAAAUCGAAAUCAUUAUAUUCGGAUUGUUUAAGCUUUUAGUAUCACAUGAAUCACAUACGUUCAUGUCGAUUCGAUUGAGAGAGAGAGAGAGAUACUGUCUCUCCCGAUUUUGCCUUAUGUCCUUGGUUCUUCUUCUCCUUCUCCUUAAAGACCAAACCCUAGAGAUACAGAUUAAAGUUUGUUCGAUCCCGAAUACAUUUUUUCUGUGUUGAGUUCCGAAUCAUAGGUUUAUUGGCUCUAAUUAGAGGUUUUUUUAAUUCUUUUUUUUCUUCCCCCUCACUCGAGUUGAGUUGACUCAACUAGAGAGAGUCACAGCGAGUUGAAAAAGACCCUCUGAUUGUAAACAAACCUCUCUGUCUCUCUCUCUCAAUUUGGAAAGAAAUAAAGAGAAGACAGUUUUGUUUAGUGUUGUGAAUAGAGAUGGGAGGUCGAUGCUCAAACCUCGGUUGUUGUCGCAAAUCAUCAUCACACAAGACUGCUCUUCUUCAACCUCCUCCUCAUCUUCAGAAUGGAGGAGAGAACAGUGACAACAUCACCGAUGAUGUGCCAGCUUUCCGCGAGUUCACACUAGACCAGCUCAAGUCAGCCACUUGUGGUUUCGCCGUCGAGUACAUCGUAUCUGAGCACGGUGAAAAGGCUCCUAACGUCGUCUACAGAGGCAAACUCGAGAACCAGAAGAAGAUUGCUGUCAAGCGUUUCACUAGAAUGGCCUGGCCUGACCCUCGCCAGUUCCUCGAGGAAGCUAGGUCCGUCGGUCAGCUGCGGAGUGAGAGAAUGGCUAAUUUGCUCGGCUGUUGUUGCGAAGGUGACGAGAGGUUGCUUGUCGCUGAGUUUAUGCCCAAUGAAACCCUUGCCAAACAUCUUUUCCACUGGGAAACACAACCUAUGAAAUGGACAAUGAGGCUACGAGUUGUUUUGUAUCUAGCACAAGCUCUUGACUACUGCACCAACCAAGAGCGUUCUCUUUACCACGACCUCAAUGCCUACCGUGUUUUAUUUGAUGAGGAAUGCAAUCCAAGGCUUUCUACUUUUGGGUUGAUGAAGAAUAGUCGUGAUGGAAAAAGUUACAGCACAAAUCUUGCUUUCACCCCUCCUGAAUAUCUCAGAACUGGGAGGGUUACUCCAGAGAGUGUGAUAUACAGCUUUGGCACUCUUCUGCUUGAUCUUCUCAGCGGAAAACAUAUACCUCCCAGCCAUGCCCUUGAUCUGAUUAGAGACAGAAAUCUCCAGACGCUGACUGAUUCUUGCCUAGAUGGGCAAUUCUCUGACAGCGAUGGCACAGAGCUAGUACGCCUCGCUUCUCGUUGUCUUCAGUACGAAGCUCGUGAGAGGCCUAACCCAAAAUCUUUGGUCACUGCCCUGACCCCUCUUCAGAAGGACACUGAGGUCCCAUCACAUGUUCUAAUGGGUCUGCCUCACAGUGGUUCGGUGUCUCCUCUCUCCCCUCUUGGUGAGGCUUGUUCAAGAAAGGACCUCACCGCUAUGCUUGAGAUCUUGGAUAAACUUGGAUACAAAGACGACGAGGGUGUCACCAAUGAGCUCUCGUUUCAUAUGUGGACAGACCAGAUGCAAGAGUCUUUGAACUCUAAGAAGAAGGGUGAUGUUGCUUUCAGGCAAAAAGACUUUAGAGAUGCCAUUGAGUGUUACACGCAGUUCAUUGAUGGAGGAAUGAUCUCUCCAACAGUGUGCGCACGGCGUAGCCUGUGUUACCUAAUGAGUGACAUGCCAAAAGAAGCAUUAGAUGAUGCAAUUCAAGCACAGGUGAUCUCUCCCGUGUGGCAUGUGGCUUCUUAUCUCCAGUCUGCUUCCCUUUCCUUCCUUGGAAUGGAGAACGAAUCACAGAUAGCACUUAAAGAAGGCUCGAACCUUGAAGCUAAGGGGAACGCAACUUCCCAACUGAAGUAAGAUACAUAUACCGUUUAAGAUUGGCAUUUUUCCUUUGGUAAAGAUGAAAGAACAUCUUAACCAGUCUAAGGGAUUGAUUAAAUCUUUGAGCACAAAAGAUGAGGAAAACACUCUGAGAAGGAUUUGCAAAACUAGAGACCGAGUGAUGGGUGUGUGGUGUUUUGCUCUUCUUUUGCCUGUUUUUUAUAGGCAUUGAAGGAAUCACUUCCUUUGAAAUCCAAUUCCUUAAAAACUUUUCUUUUAUGUUGAACAAUGUGCUAUAAGAAACCCUUCCUUGUAUUUUGAAGAUAACCAAAAGAGAUUCUUUUCUAUUGAA